GACGCGCGGGGCCGGGGGUGACGGGGCGGGGGGGGGGCGACGGCACGAGCGGGGCCGCGCGCGAGGUCGCUCCAGGUCCUGGCUGUCGGUGCUGACAUGGUGACCGGGCGGUGGCUUUCAGCGGCAGGCAGACGGGGACAGCUGCUCCGCAGAGGCUAGCAGGAACAGCCUGGUGGGGUCCAUCUUGGAUAGACGCGGAUGAUGCCAGAGCUAUGACAGGGAUUGCAGUCUUGGCACUGAGGGGUGAUCAAUUAUGGAACAACUACAGGAGGAAGUACCUGAGGUCAAGGAAGAGGAAGAGAAAGAGGCAGUGAUGGUGGCAAGUGGAGCCUCAGACCCAACUGGAGGACCAGACAGCUCGCUGCCUUCAAGCAGCUACACAGACCUGUCACAGAGCUCCUCUCCCUCGCUGUCGGACCAGCUGCAGCUGGGCUGCGAGGAGGCGGCGCUGGGAGCGCUGAACGUGGAGUGCAGGGUCUGCGGAGACAAAGCCUCGGGCUUCCACUACGGCGUGCACGCCUGCGAGGGCUGCAAGGGUUUCUUCCGCCGGACGAUCCGCAUGAAGCUGGAGUACGAGAAGUGUGAGAGGAGCUGCAAGAUUCAGAAGAAGAACAGAAACAAGUGCCAGUACUGCCGCUUCCAGAAAUGCCUCUCGCUGGGCAUGUCACACAAUGCCAUCCGCUUUGGGCGCAUGCCAGAGGCAGAGAAGAGGAAGCUGGUGGCAGGGCUGACAGCGAGCGAGAUUGGCUGCCAGAACCCACAGGUGGCUGACCUGAAAGCUUUCUCCAAGCACAUCUACAACGCCUACCUGAAGAAUUUCAACAUGACCAAAAAGAAGGCAAGAGGUAUCCUGACCGGGAAGGCCAGCAGCACCCCACAGCCUUUUGUGAUCCAUGACAUGGACACCUUGUGGCAGGCAGAGAAGGGGCUGGUGUGGAAGCAGCUGGUGAACGGCAUCCCCCCCUACAAGGAGAUCGGGGUGCACGUCUUCUACCGCUGCCAGUGCACCACGGUGGAGACCGUGCGGGAGCUCACCGAGUUCGCCAAGAGCAUCCCCAGCUUCGUAGGCCUGUACCUGAACGACCAAGUGACUCUGCUCAAGUACGGGGUGUACGAGGCCAUCUUCGCCAUGCUGGCCUCCAUCAUGAACAAGGACGGGCUGCUGGUGGCCAACGGCAACGGCUUCGUGACGCGCGAGUUCCUGCGCAGCCUGCGCAAGCCCUUCAGCGAGAUCAUGGAGCCCAAGUUUGAGUUUGCUGUGAAGUUCAACGCGCUGGAGCUGGAUGACAGUGACCUGUCCCUGUUUGUGGCUGCCAUCAUCCUGUGCGGAGACCGCCCUGGCCUGAUGAACGUGAAGCAGGUGGAGGAGAUCCAAGACAACAUCCUGCGAGCACUGGAGUUCCACCUGCAGUCCAACCACCCGGAUGCCCAGUACCUCUUCCCCAAGCUGCUGCAGAAGAUGGCUGACCUGCGACAGCUGGUGACAGAGCACGCCCAGCUGGUGCAGAAGAUCAAAAAGACAGAGACAGAGACAUCUCUGCACCCACUUCUGCAGGAGAUCUACAAGGACAUGUACUAAGGACCUGUUAUUUAUGAGAAUGAAGCCAUGGAUUCCCAUCAAGACUCUUUGUACAGAAACAAAGAAAACCCUUCCCAGUGUCUUCCAUUUCUCCUACUGGAAACUCUUUUCUAUGUGACCCUGACAUACGGUACAUAGGGCAAGAUGAGGAUUUGCAGCUGCCUCCUGCUCAGCCAGGGCUUCCUUAACACACACUAACAAAUCUGCAAAGCUGCUGUUCCUGUUCUUAUGGCCCAGCUCUGGCUGCUCCCAGAGCAGAGCGGCCACCCAGUUUACAUGGCUCAGGCAGCGAGGUCACUGUGGCACCUCAGGUCCCCAGGGUGGGAGCUCUGGUCCUUGGGAGGGCCGAGGGGUGCAGGGGCCAGUGGAGCCCACAGCAGCACUCACAGUGUGUCUGUAUUCUCUUGUUCGUUUGCACUCUGGAACCGUGGUCCUGAGCCGUGAAGUGUGGGACAGUGUGAUGAAAGGAUGUUUCUGUCUUUCCCAAAGAAAAGCUCUGGAGUGUUUGAACACGGGUAGGGCUGUUCCAGGGAAGACCCUCAGCUGCAGCCCCCCUGUGCUCUGCAGGGUGUUCCUGUCUCCCAGCAGGACUGAGCUCUGCCUUCCCGGGUGCAUUGUGGGAGCCUUUGCUCCUGGCACCCUCGUUCCAUAGGGAACGUGUCCCUUGGCUCCUCAGUAUGAGGGAGGCUGGGAUGGGGAACUAGGAGGGAAAGGAUUUGACUCCUUAAAAUUCACCUUCAGAGCAGAGGCACAGAGUCUGUGGUUUCCACAGCCUGUUCUGCACAGAUGUGAGUUACAGAAAAGGUGUGUGGAGGGUCAGGGGCCUUGAGCUGUCAGGGUUUGGUGUCCUGCCUUAGUUUCCCCUCUGAAAGGGACCUGGAUUAUCACAUGCUGUCUGCUCAGAGCAGGAGCACGAGGAUCUGUUAGUGCAUUGGUUGCAGAGAGCUUUGCAGCUGUAAAUGCCAAGGAUUUAUAAACAGGGAGGGGGUGGUUGGGAUGCUCACAAUGGGCAGCAGCUUCCCAGUGAGCGUGGCUGUGUCAGGGAAGCUGCCAGUCCUCCUCUGCCACUGUUCCCAAGAGUGGGAACAGCUCCAGGCUGCCUGCCUGAACCCAGCACCGCUCUGGGACUUUACCUCACGACUUCUCACAGCUGUAGUGAAACACCACGGUGCUGCCUGGGCCAGGCCAGGCCCCUGGUGUGGGGGCUGUGUCACUUGGGCUUCGGGCAGGGGGAGGAUGGACCUGGGAAGGGCUCAGUUUCCCUUUCAGGAUAAUGGUGUCUCACUUAAGAAGCAACACUCCCCGUCUGCAGCUCACAGUCCCUUGUGUACUGAGCAGCCUUAUUAAAAUACUGAUAUUCCCUAGGAGGGGUUGUGGGAGCAAAUUAUUCGGUUUUAUUUUACUUUCCUCCUCUUCAGGGUAGCAGAUUUCCCUGGUGCAAUAAUUCCUUUAAAACCCAAAGGGGAAGAGCACUGAGCUUUCCCUCCCCAUUACAGGGCUGUCUGGUCCCAAACCUCCCCCCUGCUGCCACACUCCACUCCUUUUGCCGUGCCUCAGUUUCCUUGCCCAGCCCUCCCCUCCCUACCUCGCAGGGGUGUUGGGAAUUACCGUUUCUGAAGCACUUUGAAGCCCUCUGGGGGAAGGCACUGGGGACAUGCCUGUGCUGGUGGGAGCCCGGGGGAUUUGUCCUUCCCAAAGCCCCGGCGGUGUCCCCACCAUGGCCACAGUGCAGGACUUGUGCCCAUCACCUGGGAAACUUUUUUGCUCUUCCUUCCUCAACAGUAUAACAACCCUCAAACUGAAAUGUAUAUUUUUGCUAGAAGUACAAACCUCCAAGUGUUUUUAAUAAUAUAAAUAGUGUCCACAAACUGACUUGACUUUAAAUAAAUCUGAGCUAAAUAUUUAAGAAA